CAAUUUUUCUUACUAAUUUACAUUUUGGACAUUUAUUGAUUUUGGAAUCUUCCAAUUUCUUUCUAAUUUAAAAUAGAAAAAAAAUAAAAAUUUCACCAAUAUUACCCUAAUAAAUGUCGAAUAAUAUGACUCCAAAUAUUGAUAAAAUUAUACAAUCAUUACAAAAAAAUACUCAACAAUUAGAUAAUCUUAAUGAACAGAUGAAUGAUUUAUCCAAUUCUUCUCAAGAUUUAUAUAAUACAAUUAAAUUGAAUAAAGAGUAUAAUGACGAACUUAACUAUCUUAAUAAUCUAUCUACAUAUAAUACACGAGCUUCCUUAAUUGCUGCAUUGGAACAAGAAAGAAAAACUAUUCAAGAAUUGGAAAAUGAAAAUCUAGAACUAGAAUCUGCCAUACAAAAUCAUCAAAAAGUUUUGAAUGUAAUCAUGACUAAAUAUCGUGAACAAGGACAUUUAUUAGAAAAAUUAAAUCAAUUGGAACAAUCAUAUGAAAUUCAAGAUGAUCUAUUGUUUGAACGUGAAAAUUUUUUCCAAACCAAAUUAAAUGAAUUAGUGCCAUUACUCGAUUCAGUCGGUGCAUUCGAUGAAAUUGAAAUUCAAAAACAAGAUGUCCUUAUACAAAAAAUGAUCGAAAAAAAUAAUAAGAUAAAAAAACUUUUACAACAACAAUUAUACGAAGAAUGAUUGAUUGUGAAACAAAAGUGACCAUUUCAAAAAGCAACGAAUGCUCAUUCAUUAUUUAUUUGUAUUAGGAAAAAAAGUCAGCCUUGGCAAUAAUUUGUAAAUUUUUUU